CGCCCCUCAGGCCUCCCGUCGUUUUCGUCACUAACUCGGGUGGAGCAACCUAAAGUACGUACGGAAGAAGCGAAGACAAAAGCAAAGAGGCUCUGCGACAGCUAUAUGGCUGCGAGUCACCAAGUACACAGAACGAUGCGGGACGUGUGGGAAAAUCUCCGAGGCCCAGGUAGCGCACCUGCACCAUGGGUAAGAUGGCUUAACACGGCGCUGUCGCAUACGAGACUCAAAGUGUGGACGGUGACAGACGGGCUCCGCAGGGAGGAGGAGGAAGAGCGUUACUGGACGGAGAGGGCCGGUGAGCUGGACGAACAGACGUGGUCAGCAAAGCGAGACAUUGCCUGGCACUUCAAAAAGAGAUACAACAACGGCAUCCUAUUUGCCCUCUUGUGGGAGGCCGACUGGGAUAUCUUCCACGAUGCCGUCACAGAGACGCUUACCACGCUGCGGAAGGCGUUGGGAGAGCUAAGGGGCCUAGAGGAGCAUGUAUUGCCCAUGGUGGAGCGCGUGUUAACAAAGAGGACGGCAAAUGAUAAUCCCAACGCCGAGCCCACCAUGCCCGAGAACGGCGCCGGAUCUUGGUUCAAACUUUGGGGCAAGGGCGGUAAAGAGAGAGGAUCCGCAGGGAGCUUGGAAGAUCGACAGCUUAUGGAAGCCGAAAAGACGUUGAAAGCCCUCCGGGAAGUGGACAUAUCACGCCGACGAGUGCUACACAACGCUGUCAAUCUGGCGGCAUGGCUGACCGCCGGGAUACAAAGUGAUUUUGCGAGGAUAGCGGGACGGUGGCUGGAGCUACACGGCUGCGAAUGGCGCGAGCCAGUCGUCUCGUUCUCGCCUUACAAGGGAUCCGCCAAUUUGUCGUCGUCCACAUUCGCUUCUUCGUUCAGGCCGGAGUCCAUCCCGGGCGUCAGUGCACUUCUAGAAUUGUUGUUCGGCACGAUUGAGUAUACACUUCCCCCGGGCGAUGAGAUCUACGAUCGUCUUAGCCGUGUUGGCAGAGAGGCUGGAGAGCGGAUUGAACUGGCCGAGAAACGGAUUGCUUCUUACAUUCAGGGGGGCGGUUCAAUCUGGGAUCCCAGGAAAUUUCAGCGCAAACCGUAUUAGCAAGAGGCUUAAAGGAGUCGGGCCGCAACCUUUAAUGUCUGCUUACAUGCCCUCACAUCGUGUAUGCAUACCAGGAAUGCUUGGAGGAACAGGCUCUUGGGUGGCCACGUCUUUAUACUGUACAGUACAGUACAAC